AAAGUAGACAUGUCGUCGCAUACACGGAAUCAAUAUUUUGCUGGACUUGGUGCGAACAUUAUUUCGAUAUCAUAUGGCGGUUUCGUCGGAUGGGCUUCAGCUAGUUUUUUGGAACUCGAUUCUCUAAUAGGCGAUAAUGGUGGGUGGAUUGGUUCAAUGCUUUGUGUAGGAGGCUUUUUAGGUACUAUUUUCUUCACCUGGUUCGCAGAUAAAUUUGGACGCAAAAGAUGCCUUGUUCUCCAUGCUCUUCCUGGAUUGUUGGGCUGGCUGAUUAUACCAUUUGCAACCACACCUUUAUCACUAUGUGCAUCCAGAUUUCUAGGAGGGUUUUCCGGUGGCGGAACUUUCUCUAUAAUACCAAUUUACACAGCCGAACUCUCCGAUGAUAAGAUCCGUGGAACUUUGGGGACCUUUUUGGUCUUAUUUUGUAACUUCGGUGUGCUGUUAGCUUUCGUUUUGGGUAACUAUUUGUCGUGUCGAUUGGUUGCAUGGAUUCUUCUGUCUCUACCUGUGCUUUUUUUGUUGGUAAUGUCAUUCGUACCUGAAAGUCCUUCUUACUUGGCAAACAAAAACGAUCUUAAGGGUGCCGAAAGAUCGUUGUGUUACUUUAGGAACGUCCCCUAUAAAAGCUUGGAAACAUUGCCACAAAUUAAACUUGAAUUACAGAGUUUAGUAGAUCGAUCAUCUCAACCAGUUACAAAUUUAAAAAAACCUCAACCAAGCAUCAUGGAUUUUGUUGAACCCAGGGCACGAAAAGCUCUAAUAAUUGGGAUUAUUUUAAUGGCAAUUAAUCAGUUCAGUGGUUGUUUCGUUAUGCUCAACUAUACAGCAACUAUUUUUAAACAAGCCGGAUCAAAUUUACCACCGAAUGAGUCUGCCAUCGUUGUGGGAGUUAUACAGUUGUUGGGAUCAUAUGCUUCUACUUUGUUAGUGGAGAGAGCAGGCAGAAAGGUACUGCUGAUUGUAUCUGCACUUGGGACUAGUGCCGGUCUCAUCUGCCUGGGUGGCUAUAUGUGGCUAGAUAAUGGGAAUUCGUCCUCCUGGAUUCCGGUAGCUAGCUUCUCCUUCAUUAUAUUUAUUGGCUGUUGGGGAGUUAUAACACUUCCAUUCAUUGUGGUAGCGGAAAUUAUGCCGCCCAAAGUUCGAAGCCUGGGCUGUAUGCUUUGUAUGCUGUCGUUGUGGACAUAUUCAUUUUUUCUUCUAAAGUUCAUGGGAUUUUUUACGCAGAUUAUCGGAAUGCAUGGCUUAAUGUUCGCGUUUUCAGCUUGUAGUUUUAUGGGAGCUGUAUUCAUUGGCGUCUUUGUACCGGAAACCAAAGGAAAGUCUGUGGAAGAAAUCUUAAAUAAUUUAUAGAUAAAUUACCCAAAAACACAUAAAUACACACAAAUAUUUUCGCUCCAUUAAUCGCAAUAAGAAAGAAAGACUUUCAAGAAAGCCAACACACAAUGCUA